UUGGUUUGUUUUUUCGUAAGUCGUAAACAAAACUUGACUUGUUUUUCGUUAUUUUUGUUGUUUUUUGUCUCGAGUUAUGGAAGUUAAUUAUAGAUGAGAGCAAAAAGAUAUGGAAUAUUCGAAUAUAAAUUUUUGUGGAAAUUUUGUGAAGACCGGUUCCACUUUCGCUUUUUUUUUCAGGAGAAAAAAAACAAAAAUAAUUCCGUUUCUCGAAUAUAAAAACACCUUUUCACUUUCCAUCACAAUCAGUUGACAUUAAAAAAAUUACGAGAGUACUGUAGCCACGCAGUUUCUGUCCUUUUGCGUGAUGGUGUUUACACACAAAAAAUUUACUUUUAUUUUUCCGCAAAAAAUUAAUGAAAUAAUUUGUGUUUGCCUUUGUCAAGGACUAUUUUUUAUUGCAAUAACAAACACAAUUGAAAUGAAACAUCAACUUUCAAAUAUUGACAAAUUCUCAUUCAUUUCGUUUCAAACUAAUAAAAAACCACUUCCCAUUUAAUAGUCUUAUCAAAAAUGGUAGUGUAAUAUUUCGACCCCAUCAAUCUUUUGUCCUUUUAAUAAAAACCACAUGUGAGUGCAAAAUAAUUCCAAUUAUUUUAGGCAGAAAUGGCUGCAAAAUCUGCAAGUUCGGAGCAAUUGGCAGCAGCUCAGGCGGCAGAUGAAGAGAAAGCGAGGGUUGAGAUAGAAUGGGCUGAAAAGGGUUCGCUGAUGUCAAGAGUAAAACGGUUUGUUGUUUGACCUUGAUUGGGUUUUAACAAUGAAAAAAAAUAAAUCGAUUUUUUUCAGUGGAAAAAUCAAGAACCUCGGCUUGGUUUCUAUACAAAAUAAAAAAUUCCUCAAUUAUUACUCAAGUUAUUGGUUCAAUUUUAUACCGAAUGCAUUGAAAUCAGUUAGCCUUGCGGAAUUGCUCGAAGUCCGAGUUGGUUAUCAAACAGACAAUUUACAAAAAGCAUCGAAACGAUAUGAAUUUCAAGAAGUUGCGCCAGACCAUCGAUGUUUUUCAGUGAUUUUUUCGCAUGCAAAAUUUCUACACAAAUCAGUUGAUUUUGUGGCCGAUUCGAAAGAGGUAAUUAAUUGAAAAUAGGGAAAAAAAGGAGGAAAUUGAGGGUUACGAACAUUUCGAAAUUGGCAUGGAUGAAAAGUGCAAAGGCAAAAAAAUAAAUGACGAAAGUUGAAAUUGAGUCGAGAUAUUUUUCGAGAAAUGAAAUAAAUAAAUGAAUAUUUAUAAAUUCAAGAAAAUUGUAAAACGUGAACAUUUGACGUGGAAAUAAAAAAGAAUUUCAUUGCUAAAUAAAAAAUAUAUAAAUAAUUUUCAAAAUUCAAUUUUAUUCUACUUAAACGUGACCUCUGUGUAUUAAUACAAUUGUUUCGUUUUUUUUCACUCAAAAAAUGUGCCAUUUCUAUUUCAGACUCGCGAUAAAUGGGUGAGUGUUCUGACUCAUUUGAUAUCUGUUGCCAAACAUCAACGAGUUGUGUUCAAUGAAACCGCGUGGCUUAUUGAUAAAUUCCAACAAGCAGAUACGAAUAAAAAUGGAUUAUUGACUUUUGAUGAAGUUUGGAAUUUGUUGAAACGUAUGAAUCUUCAGAUUUCCGAACGAUAUGCAAAAGCUAUUUUUAGGGUGAGUCAAGUUUUUUGCAUUGCAUGGAUUUAGAUCAGAAUCCAAUUUCAGAAUGUUUUUCCCCAAAUAGGUUUGCUUUGAUUUGUGUUGUUGUGGGAUUAUCUGAUUUUUGAGUUUAGGAAGCUCUUUGUUUGAAAAAAAACCUGAUUGCAUUUCAGGAGUCGGAGUUGGAAAACAGUCGAGACAAUAAAUUGAACGAGAAAGAAUUUUUGAACUUUUUCGAGCGACUCACUGAUCGACCAGAUCUUCGAUUUGUUAUGCAACAAGCUAGUUCGGAUAAUGUUGAAACUUUGACUGUUGCGGAUUUGCAAAGAUUUUUGACUGAAGAACAAGGAUUUACGAAUAUUGAUUUGAAAAAAGCCGAGUCUAUUUUGGAUACUUUUGAACAAACAGUUCAAGAUAAACAGAAGGAGAAGCUUAUGGGUCUUAUGGGUCAGUUAAAUAAUUUUUGAAUGGGAAUUUUUGGGAAAGGAAUGAAGCAUCGAUGAGAAGUUUAUUCUAAUAAUAAUCACGAAUCUGGAAUGGGUAUAAUUUUUAAAUGAAUAAAAAUUCUCGAGCUCUAUGACGUGGUUCCCGUAAUUAAUCCGGUUCGAUAACUUCUCAGCUACCCUUCUCAUUUAUCUAAAAUUCCCAUAAAUUAUUCAGUCCAUUCCAAGAAAUUAAUUUCAUUUACUUUGAAAUUCCAAAAACCUUCCAGGAAUGCGUCGAUUAAUGCAAUCUCGUUGGGGAAAUGUGUUCAAAUCCGAUCACACUACAAUUUUCCAAGAUAUGAAUCAAUCAUUGUCUCAUUAUUUUGUCAAUUCAUCGCAUAACACAUAUUUGACUGGACUUCAAGUGAAAGGAGAAGCCACUGUUGAAGGAUAUAUUUCGGCUUUGAGAAAAGGAGCAAGACUUUUGGAAUGUGAGUUUACUCAAUUUUGAAAUAAAAAAUCUCACAAUUAUUUUUUCAGUGGAUUUAUUUGAUGGUGAACACGGAGAACCUGUGAUCACUCAUAAAAGAACAUUCAUCGAAUCAAUCACAUUGAGAAAUUCAUUAGAAGCAAUUAAAAGAACCGCAUUUGAAACAAGUCCAUAUCCAGUUAUUCUAACUCUUGAAAAUCACGUAGGACAUGCUCAACAAAUUGUGAUGGCUGAAUUGUUUGAUGAGAUUUUGGGCAAUAUGCUUUAUCGUCCACCGAAAGAUUCAUCCAAAAAUCCACUGCCAAGUCCGAAUGAUUUGAAGCGCAAAUUUUUGUUGAGAGGUAAAAAGAUCUUGACAUCGGAUGAAGUUGAUGAUAAUGAUGAUGAUGAUUCGCCGACUGAAAAGGAUAAGGUAACUUAUUUCUAGGGUAGGAAGUUUUGGAUGAAAUUCGAUUUCAGCAUAAUCACCAUCCUCAUCCAAUUGCUCCAGAGUUAUCGAAUCUCAUCGCUUUACCAUCUGUAAAACUUACCAGCAAUAUUUAUCACGAUGUGAAUACACGUAAGAAUUUUAGUUUCGAAAAAUGAACAGCCAUUUUUCCAACCUCAAUACCUAAUAUUUCAGAUCCUCUUGAUGGUUCGCCUUCACUUUCUGAAAAUAAAGUUUAUACACUUUUCGAAGCGGCUACUCCAGUUUUCCAUUAUUCUGCUGAACGAUUAGUCAAAAGUUAUCCAAAAGGACUUCGACAAGAUUCAUCAAAUAUGCAUCCGAUUGUCUCUUGGUUAUGUGGAAUUCAAAGUGUUGCAAUGAAUUUCCAAACUGCCGGAGAAGAAUUGGAUUUGAAUGCUGGAAUGUUUAGAGUGAAUGGAAAUUGUGGAUAUGUUUUGAAACCGAAGAUUUUGUUGGAUGGAAUUGAUCCAAGAACUAUGAUUCGACCAAAGAUGAAGCUUGGAAUUGGUCUUUUUUCUGCACAAUAUUUACCGAAAUCUGAACCUGGAAAGGAGAUUAUUGAUCCGUAUGUUAGUGUGCAAAUUUUCGGGAUUCCACGAGAUGAAACAAAGGCGAAAACAAGAAUUAUCAAAGAUAACGGUUUUAAUCCAGAAUGGAGAGAUAACUUCUAUUUUACUUUAUGCUGUCCGGAAUUAGCUAUAAUUAGAUUCUGCGUCAAGGUUUGUAUCGCAUUUAUUUUUUUUUUAUUUUUCAAAAAAAACUUUCCAGGACUUUGACUCGACCUCCUCAAACGAUUUUGUUGGUGAAUUUUCGAUUCCAGUAAUGAGCCUUCGAACCGGUUAUUCACAAAUUCAGCUGAAUACAGGAUAUCAACAUACAUUGGAUCCAUCUGCUUCGCUUUUUGUUCGUAUUGCUAUUGAUGAUUUGUAA